CCUGCAGGUGAAGGCACCGGACUGAAGCUGGGCUGGGACUCUUCCAGAGGUUGCUAUGCUCAGAUCAGGGCUUGGCAUCCUUAUGACUGUGGAGGUGGCCGUAGGUCCUGUCCGCUGGAGUUGCGGUAUCGGCCAUGGUUAUCACUUUAUUCCCAACAUGAAAUUCUGUGGGGUCGAGCUGGAUCACUGCCCCCACCAAGAAAUCCAAAUGCUGUGAAGGGAAGUUGGGAAGCUAACACUACAAAGGACAUUGCUGCUGGAUUUGAUGCAUUGUGCUCCGUCAUCCUGCAAUCCGGUAUUCAAACUCUAUACAUUGAGUCUUUGGAUCAUGAUUUGGCUGCAGAUAUUCUGUACAAUCACUUGAUGUACACACCAAAUGAGAUUACUCACUUGGAGUUUCGGCCAUUUGGGACAUGGGGAGAUUCACCCUUCCAAACUGACAACAAAACCAACAAGAAACGUCGUCACAUUCACCUCUGUGCCAAACUUAUUCAACAGUCGUUCCGACCAUACCCAAACAUAAUGGUAGAGGGCUUGAAUGACUACUUCCAAACUGACAUCUCUAGGUUCUUCCAGAAAAAAAAGGUGCCACCAGCCUCUGCAAUCUUGACCUGCGGUGCACUCGGCAUAUUGACGACCGUCGACGAGAUUGUCCUAUUGAGCAUGGAGGUCGAUGCAUGA